AUGCUUCCUCUUCUGAAUUCAUUGCUCGAGGAAAAACAGGUAUAUAUAGUGUACUUUGGAGAGCAUGGAGGAGCAAAAACAACCCAAGAAAUCGAAGAAAACCAUCUCUCGUAUCUAUUAUCCGUGAAGGAAACCGAGCAAGAUGCAAAUUCUUCUCUUAUAUACAGUUACAAGUAUAGCAUUAAUGGCUUUGCCGCUUUUCUCACACAAGAAGAAGCCAAUAAACUUUCGGAAAGGGAAGAAGUGGUGUCUGUGCUUCGGAGCUAUCCCAGAAAGUACUCGUUGCACACGACAAGGUCAUGGGAAUUUGCGGGUUUACGAGGCGCAACAAAUUUGAAGAAGAAAGAUUCUUUGUUGUUGAAAUCAAGAUAUGGCAAGAAUGUGAUUAUUGGAAUGCUGGACACUGGUGUGUGGCCGGAGUCCGAAAGCUUCAAUGAUAUAGGAAUGGAUGAUGUACCGAAAUCAUGGAAAGGAAUUUGUCAAUCCGGCGAUGGAUUCAACUCGUCUAAUUGUAACAAGAAAAUCAUUGGCGCCCGAUACUACAUCAAAGGCUAUGAAAGACAGUACGGCCCGUUGAACCGAACACUGGACAACCUCUCUCCACGUGACGUGGACGGCCAUGGGACCCACACGGCAUCCAUCACCGCCGGCCGGGAAGUCGGUGGUGUUUCAUCCCUUGGUGGCUUCGCCUCUGGCACCGCCUCCGGCGGGGCUCCACUGGCCCGCUUAGCCAUCUACAAGGUGUGUUGGGUCAUACCGUUAGAUGAUGGGGACGUGAGGGACAGCACGUGUUUCGACGAGGACGUGCUUGCCGCCGUGGACGACGCGAUUCGCGACGGGGUCCACGUGCUGAGCGUCUCGAUCGGCUCAUCCCACCCAAUAACCAACGACGGUCUGGCGAUUGGGGCUUUACAUGCAGUCAAGAGGGAAAUCAUAGUGGCCAGUAGUGCCGGGAAUUCGGGGCCCGCGAAAGGCACGGUGUUUAACGAGGCUCCUUGGAUGGUCACGGUCGGAGCCAGCAGCAUCGACAGGGUGUUUCCCUCGCCUGUCCUGCUCGGAAACGGCCAAACUAUCCCGGGACAAACGGCGACCCCGUAUAAGUUGGAGAACAACAAGCAGUAUCCAUUGGUUUUUUCGGGUCAAGUAACCAAGACCGGAGUAGACAAAGACGUAAUCGGGCAGUGCUUACCGGGUUCCCUUUCUCCGAAAAAGACCGAGGGCAAAAUAGUACUUUGUUUCUCGGGAAAUGGAAGCCGAGCAGGCAAAGGCGCAGAGGUGAAGAGAGCCAGAGGAGCAGGCUUCAUCUUAGCAGAUAGUGAAACGUAUGGUAGUUUGUUUCUAGCCGAGGCAUACCUUCUUCCCGCCACUAGCGUCACUUAUAAAGACGCUCUCAAAAUCUACGGAUACAUUCAAUCCACAAAGAAUCCAACGGCAAGCAUCGUGCCAGCUAAGACGGAAUUUCCCGCCAAACCAGCUCCUUUCAUGGCUGCUUUCACCAGUAGAGGUCCCAACCCAAUUUUAUCCUAUAUUCUGAAG